AUGGCUCAACGUAUUAAGGCGAUUAUUGUUGGUGAUUCUGGGGCAGGAAAAAGUAGUUUGGUUUCGCAACUUGUCAACAACGAAUUUCCGGAAUCGAAACCAGUUAACCCACCGCGCAAUUUCUUUAACGAUUUCGUCUUCUUACUUGACAAAACAAAAUACCGAAUUCAACUUGGGGAGUUUGUCGACACAAACACUGAGAUUUCUGGGUAUGGGCUGGAGUUCAAGGGAGCUCGCAUUGUCAUUGGAUUGGUAAGUUCCAGUGUCGACUCUUCUUUAUCAAACAUAUCAAAUUGGCUUAUUCUCAGGGAGCGUCUUGUUGCGGAUGAUAUUCCAUAUGUUAAAGUUUUGGUACAGAACAUCGUGACGGACCAACCGAAGACAAUCACUUCCGAAGAGGCGAAACAAGCUGCAGAAAAGAUGGGGAUCCAUUACUUUGAGAUCAACAUAAAAACCGGUGAGGGGAUACAAGAAAUGUUCAAAUCAGUUCUGAAUGAUGUCUUGAAUCAAGACCCUACACUUAAAGAGUCAGCCUCCGUACAGGAAGGCAAGAAGAAAGGAAAAGGGAAAAAGUGCAUAAUCAUCUAA